AUGUCGAACCACGAUCCAGGACCUAUACCAAAUCGCUGGUUGAACUGUCCAAGGAAAUCUUCCGGGCUGAUAGCUGAAAAAUUCAUUGCAUUCAAAACACCACUGGGCUCACAGUUCAAUGACAAAGUACCAGAAACCAAUCGUUUUACACCAUCAAUGCUUUUCAGUUACAUGAAAAGCUUUAAAUUGAAACUAGGCCUUUGGAUUGAUCUAACGAACACUAGUAGAUUUUACGACAAGAAAGAAAUCGAAAAAAUGGAUUGUAAAUACAUAAAGAUGGCAUGUCGUGGCCAUGGUGAAACACCUUCAAUAGAACAGACAAGAGAGUUUAUAAAAGUUGUCUCCAACUUUAUUGCACAGAAUCCAUUAUCAGUUGUUGGAGUCCACUGUACCCAUGGAUUUAACAGAACUGGCUUCCUCUUGACUUCAUAUAUGGUGGAACAAUUGGAUUGGAGUAUAGAUGCCGCUCUUAAAGCCUUUGCAAAUGAAAGGCCGCCAGGGAUUUACAAACCAGAUUACUUACUUGAGUUGUAUAAACGAUAUGACGAUGAAAGUAUGACCCCUGAAGCUCCAAUGAGACCUGAUUGGUGUAAUGAAGACGAAGAACUUGACUACGAUGAUGAUGACGCUCCAAGCUUUUCUCAAAAUCUAAAUUCUCAAGAAAUAGGCCCGCCAAAGGCCAAAAAACGCCGAAAAGAAAGGAAGAUCAAAAAAGAUAUAUUUAUGCCGGGCGUUAAUAACGUGGAGCCAUUUGAUGAGGAGCCACGCCUAGGUGAGGUACAAAGAAAAGCUCAAGAAUUCUGCAAGUGGAAAAGUUCGGGAUUCCCUGGGUCGCAGCCAGUGUCCAUGGACGUUGUGAAUAUUAAGAAACUGCAAGAGAAACCGUAUCGAGUGUCUUGGAAAGCGGAUGGUGUGAGAUUCAUGAUGCUCAUAGAUGGUGAAGACGAAGUCUACAUGAUUGACCGGGACAACUGCGUUUUUAAAGUGCAUGGUCUACGCUUUCCACACAACAAGGCGAAUCGACACCUUCGGGACACAUUAUUAGAUGGUGAGAUGGUAGUCGAUAAAGUGGACGGAAUGGAAAUUCACAGAUACCUAUGCUACGAUAUAAUCCGUUUCGAGAACCAAAAUGUUGGCAGGGAGGCUUUCUAUCCUGUCAGAUUGGAUUGUAUACGUAAUGAGAUUAUCAAUCCCAGGAACCGAGCUAUAAGCGAAGGCAUAAUAAAUAAGGAGGCGGAACCGUUCCGCGUGGUGAACAAAGAGUUCUGGGACGUGACCAUGGCAGAGCGGCUGCUGAUGGACAAGUUUGCGCGCACGCUGCACCACGAACCUGACGGCCUCAUCUUUCAGCCUUCGAGGGCGCCCUACGUCGCAGGUGCGUGCGAGGAUGUACUCAAAUGGAAGCCUAGCGAAUUAAACAGCGUAGAUUUCAAAUUAAAAAUCGUUACGGAAGACGGCCAGGGAAUGGUGAAGAAAAAAGUCGGUCACCUAUACGUGGGGCAGAGGCCUAUGCCGCUAGCAACAAUGCGCGUGACCAAAGCUAUCAAACAUCUCGAUAACAAGAUAAUUGAGUGCAAAUUUCAAGACAACGAAUGGGUUUUCAUGCGCGAGCGCACGGACAAGAGUUACCCGAAUAGUUACAACACAGCUACGGCCGUCUGCAACAGCAUAAGUAAUCCAGUGACAAAGGAUAUGCUGCUGAGUUUCAUACGCAAGCGCCGGUUCAUUGACAAAUCAGAUGGAAUGCCUCCGCCGCCCAUGAGACGUUAA